AUGUCUUCAAUGGAAGCUAAGGAUGAAACCAGAUCAAUGGCAUUAACUCCAACAUGGUCUGUUGCUACAGUUUUGACUAUUUUAGUCGUAGUAUCUUUGGUCUUGGAACGAUUAAUUCAUCAUUUGAGUAAUUGGUUGAAGGAAAUGAAUCGUAAACCAUUGCUUGCUGCUUUAGAUAAAAUGAAAGAAGAAUUAAUGCUUCUUGGCUUUAUAUCAUUGCUUCUCUCAGCCACCUCGAACGGUAUAUCUAGUAUCUGUAUCCCUUCAAAGUUAUACAACAGUACAUUUCAUCCCUGCAGCAAGAAUGUCCAGAAUUUAAAAAAUGAGGAUAGUAAGCGUAGAAUGUUAAACGCGAAAAUCUGUAAGAAGGAUUACGAGCCUUUUGUAUCAGAAGAAGGGCUCGAGGAACUGCAUCGCUUUAUUUUUGUCAUGGCAAUUACACAUGUAUCUUAUAGCUGCUUAGCCAUGCUUCUGGCAGUAAUGAAGAUCCGUAGUUGGAAAAAAUGGGAGGACGAAUCCCAGAUGGACCGGCAUGGUGUCAUAACUGAAAUAUCAAGAAAUGAGACAAUUAAGAGACAAUCAGCUAUUGUCAAAUUCCACAUGUCAAAUCCGUUGGUUAGGAAUGGCUGCUUCACUUGGAUGGUCUGUUUCUUUCGACAAUUUGGCAGUUCAGUUGUUCGUGCUGAUUAUCUUACGUUGCGUGAAGCCUUCAUAUUGAACCAUAACCUCACAUCGAAAUAUGAUUUUCACAGCUAUAUGAUUCGCUCUAUGGAAGAAGAAUUUCAAAGGAUAGUUGGAUUGAGUGCUCCACUCUGGGGAUUUGUUGUGGCGUUUAUGCUUUUUAACGUGAAUGGAUUUAAUAUGUAUUUCUGGAUUGCUUUAGUUCCUGUUGCUCUUGUUCUACUAUUGGGGGCAAAACUGCAGCAUGUUCUUGCUACUUUGGGACUGGAGAGUGCUGGAAUUACAGGUUAUUUUACUGAAACUAAGUUAAAGCCUCGAGAUGAGCUGUUUUGGUUUAACAAGCCAGAGCUAUUAUUGUCAUUAAUCCAUUUUGUUCUCUUUCAGAAUGCUUUCGAGCUGGCUUCAUUCUUUUGGUUCUGGUGGCAAUUUGGAUAUGACUCUUGCUUUCUGAAACAUCACUUAUUGGUAUAUAUACGGCUGAUUUUGGGAUUUGCCGGACAGUUUCUGUGCAGCUAUAGUACUCUGCCACUAUAUGCACUGGUGACUCAGAUGGGUACGAACUACAAGGCAGCAUUGAUUUCACAAAGAAUUAGAGAGACAAUCCAUGGAUGGAGAAAGGAGGCAAAGAGGAGGAGGCGAAAGUUAGGAAUAUAUUGUGAUGACUCAACUAUACAAACAGAAACGAGCACUGUGAUAUCUUUUGAGGAAUUUGACCACCAAGAGCUCGAUAGUCCUCAAACUGGAAUGACACCUGUCGAAUCUUUAGAAGUUGAAUUACAACCACAUCAUGUUGUUAACGGCUUACCUCAUCUUCGAACUUCUGCUUCUGUCUCUUCAGUUUUACCAACCUUUCUACAAGAAAGAGUUACAAGAUCCGACUCAUUGCCCGCCUGA